CCCUGAGGAGUCCCACAGCCGCCCAGGGGUCACACAGCCAGGCUGUGGUGGGCAGUGCAGGCACCUGCAGCCUCAUCAUGGCAUGGGCACAAAGAGCCCUGAAAGCCCUGCCCCUGGCCAUCCUGGUAGUCCUGGUACCCCUGCUGGUCCCUGAGGACGAGCAUCCCCUUGAGGAGCCAGGACCAUCAGACCAAGCUCCUGCCAUGGAAAGUACAUGGAAAUAUUUCACGUCCACAGCCAUGGAUGGAGGCAGUGGAGAUCCAGAGGCUGAACCUGAGUCUUCUGGAUCCUACAUGACUUUUGAUUUGUUUUGGGAACUGCUAGCUCAAGGCCCAAAUGUGAGCGAGGCAUCUCCUGCAGGUCAGAAGAAUGAAACUGGAUUGGGAAACAGUUCCUGGCCAGUAAUGGAACAGCCUGAAUUCCAGACUUUGCUGAAGGAAUCACUUUCAGUGCUGGAGCCUGAGCCUGUGGACACGGAGGUACCUGAGGCAAUGCCAGUCCCUGAGGGAAACAGCGAAGCCCUUGAGCCAACAGGGAUCGCAGAGCUUUGGGCAUUUCCUCCAGGUGUGGAUGAGAGAUUCAGCAGGGCUGAGGACACCAGGGCAGACCCAAGCCCUGUGGAGGGCAUGGCAGACACAGGCACAGCUGAUGCUAAACUCACCUGGCUUGCCUUUGUGAGAGCCUUCUUCGUGAUCUCUAUGAUCUGCACCCUGGUUACUCUGCUGCUCUUCAAAAUGACCCCUGCAUGGGCAAAGCACAUAAAAAAGUGCCUCAUGUGUUCAAGACCAAGUUCUGAGCUCCCAGCAGACAAGGAAUUAGUAGUAGAAGUCUAAAUAAAGAUAAAGAGCACAGGGGUCUGUGGAAAAGUUUUGGAUUGGAAGGAAUUCUU